AUGUAUGUGUGUCGGCCAUACAUAGUUCGAUUGCAACCGACUAUAAACCCAGCUGUUGAUGAACCCGAACAGAUGUCUAAUCACUGUAUUAAGGACUUUGAACUAACUGAUAAUCAUCAAAAGGUCAGUAUAGAGCAUAAUUUCAAACUUGGUUGUCAGUGUAGAAUUUUAGCUGCUGAUUUGGAGGGAGUUAAGCUCGAUAUAGCAAUCAUGUGCAGGGACAUAGAAACUAAGUUCCUUGCAGCUUUCAAUUCACGGGAUAGUGAUAGUGAACAAAUAAGUGAACUUAAACACGAGCUUCUUAAGGAAAAGGAGAAAUGUAGUCAGUUGGAGGCUGAUAUAUCUAUUUUGGUUCGAUGA